AGGUAGCAACCCCGCUCGGCACGUGCGCGCUUCGAGAGCCUUACCCGCGAGCAUGCUGUGCCGAACGGAUGCCUUGGGCUGGCCGCCCAUUUGCUUGAUCAUCGUAAACUUCUAGCUACCCCUUGCGAUAGAAACUCGUUAGUCAUGUUCUAGAAACCGGAGAUUCUACGAACUUUCUAGGUAGCGACUCCAAUAUUCCACUCACAACGAUGGCCACCCGACGGCCGGCAAGCCGCGCUGGCUUCCGUUUCGCCAUAGUCUGCGCAUUACCCCGCGAAUAUGAUGCGGUCAGUCUCCUCGUCGACGAGUUCUGGGAUAAAAAUGGCGACCCGUACGGGCGGACUUCGGGGGACCCUUAUACUUACAGAACCGGACGUAUUGGUGAUAUCAGCAUCGUCCUCGUCCUCCUUUCGGAUAUGGGGAAAGCCAGUGCGGCUAGUGCUGCGGCCAGCGUCCGGUCAAGCUAUCCGAACCUGGAGCUCGUCCUCCUGACAGGCAUCUGUGGCGGUAUGCCCCGUACUGACGCCAACGAGGAGAUUCUGCUGGGAGAUGUGGUCCUUGCCGGAUCGGUUGUCCAGUACGAUUUCGCCAAACUGUAUCCUGACGGGUUCCAAACAAAGAACACCGUGAAAGACAUGAUCAACCCCCCUAAAACAGUCCGCAACUUACUAAGUAUAUUGGGGACUAAUCACCGUCGCGAGGAUUUUCAGAGGCGUAUCGCAGUCAUUCUUCAAGAACUACGAAGUGCUAGUCGUCCGAGUCAGUCAGCGAAAUACCAGUUUCCCGGAGCCGCGCUUGACAAGCUCUACCAGUCGCGCUACCGGCACAAACACCAGGUUCCGACCGAUUGCUCUCAAUGUAUGGACCCACAAAAUACCUGCGAGCUGUCCCGCACGCAGACAUGCGACGAACUCAGCUGUAGCGAUACUUUUCUGGUGACGAGGAAACGCGAGCAUAAUCCGGAGUCCCCUGCUCCCCUUGUAUUCUUCGGGCGCAUCGGGUCAGCCGAUAUAGUAGUCAAGUCCGGUGAAGACCGUGACAGGAUUGCUAAGGAGCACGGCCUCCUCGCAUUCGAGAUGGAAGGUGCUGGAGUUUGGGAUGAGAUCCCUUGCAUUAUCAUCAAGGGUGUCUGCGACUAUGCGGACAGCCACAAAAACAAGCGGUGGCAGUACUACGCGGCGGCGACGGCAGCAUCUACCAUGAAGGCGUUGUUGGAAUUCUAUCCAAAAACAGACGAAAACCGAGCGCUACCAAGGCGCCAUUUUAUGGUCCCGCUCGGUCGAAACGAAGGCUUCGUCGGACGUCACUCCAUCCUAGAGCAACUCCUUCAGCGCAUCCCUCCAAAUACGAACAAGGAUAAUUGCCAGCGUACUAUCAUCGAAGGCCUCGGUGGCGUUGGCAAGACUCAAGUGGCUCUCGAGGCAGCUUACCGGGUGUGCCGCGAUCAUACAGACUGCUCCAUUUUCUGGGUGCCUGCCGUUGAUACAAUAAGCUUCGAGAACGCCUACCGCAACAUCGGUCAAAAGCUGGGAAUAAGAGGGAUCGAUGACGAUGACGCAGAUUCUAAGUCGCUUGUAAAGAGGGCCCUAGGAGAAAGCUCAGACAGUUGGCUCCUCAUCGUUGAUAAUGCCGAUGACAUAGAGCUGGUCUUUGGCAGUCGAGAGUCACCAGGGUUUACCAAAUAUCUCCCAUUUAGUCGCAAUGGCUCAAUACUUCUCACGACGCGAAACCACAAAGUCGCAGCCCGAUUUGACCAGAAAAAUAUCAUUACUUUGGCGCAAAUGAACCAGACUGAAGCAAUAGAGCUAUUACAACAUGGCCGAGGAAACCAAAUUAACGAUGCUGAGAGCAUACGGCGCCUAGUAAACUUCCUAGACAACUUGCCUCUUGCAAUCAGACAGGCAUCAGCAUAUAUGGCAGAGAUAGGCAUGUCAGCGGCUAUAUACCUUGAUCGUUGCCGCUCGAGUAAUAGGACCUUGAUCCGACUACUCAGCAAGGACUUUAACGACCAGGCCCGGUACGAAAACAUCAAAAAUCCUAUAGCUACCACCUGGCUAAUUUCCUUCGAGCAUAUUGCGCGAGACAAUCCGACUGCUGCACGGUAUUUGCGAUUCAUCUGCUUCCUCAACGAAAAAGACAUCCCCUUCUCAUUGCUGCCGCCAGCAGAAGAUGAACUGGAAGUAGACGAAGCGAUUGGCACCUUAAAGGCGUAUGCAUUCAUCAUCCCGCGGGGAAAAGAGUCAUUCGACAUUCACCGACUUGUUCGGUUAGCGAUGCGGAACUGGUUAGAGGAAAAAGGAGAGCUAACGGAAAGCAUAACUGAUGUGAUUCAACGGCUCGCUAUGGCAUUCCCCUUCCCAAAACACGAAAAUAGAGAGAUCUGGAUGAAGUACCUACCACAUAUGCAGAUUAUCUCGGAGUCUCCAGGUUAUUGUACAGAUAAAGAGGCUGAAUCCGAUCUCCUUUUUAAUAUAGCUGAGAGCUAUUAUCAGAUAGCUAAGUACAAGGAGGCCGAGCAGAUACACCGGCAGGCGCUGGAGCUCAGAGAGAAGGUGCUCGGCCGCGAGCAUCCCGAUACGCUCACUAGCAUGAAC